GCGAGCCAGUCGGGAGAGCGCGAGGCUCCGGGAGUGCAAGACCUCAGUGAGAGCCGCCUACCUGCAGCCACCGCCCACGGCCGGGCAGCCACCAUGGCGCUUCUCCUGCGUUUCGUGCUCCUAUGCGGAGUCGCGGAUUUGACCAGAAGUUUGAGUAUAACAACUCCUGAUCAGAUGAUUGAAAAAGCCAAAGGGGAAACUGCCUAUUUGCCAUGCAAAUUCACCCUGAGUCCAGAUGACCAGGGACCACUGGACAUCGAGUGGCUGCUAUCACCAGCCGAUAAUCAGAAGGUGGAUCAAGUGAUUAUUUUAUAUUCCGGAGACAAGAUUUAUGAUGACUACUAUCAAGAUCUGAAAGGACGAGUGCAUUUUACAAGCAGUGAUGUCAAAUCGGGCGAUGCCUCAAUAAAUGUAACAAAUUUACAGUUAUCAGAUAUUGGCACUUAUCAGUGCAAAGUGAAAAAAGCUCCUGGUGUUGGAAAUAAAAAGAUUCAGCUCACAGUUCUUGUUAAGCCUUCAGGUAUAAGGUGUUACAUUGAUGGAUCAGAAGAAAUCGGAAAUGACUUUAAACUAAAAUGUGAAUCAAAAGAAGGUUCUCUUCCAUUACAAUAUGAAUGGCAAAAAUUGUCUAACUCACAGAAAAUGCCCACCUCAUGGUUUUCAGAAAUGACUUCACCUAUUAUAUCUAUAAAAAAUGCCACUACUGAGUACUCGGGGACAUACAGUUGUACAGUCAGAAACAGAGUGGGUUCAGAUCAGUGCAAGCUAAGCCUGGACGUUAUUCCUCCUUCAAAUAGAGCUGGAACAAUUGCGGGAGCUAUUAUAGGAAUUUUGCUUGCUCUUGUGCUCAUUGGUCUUAUCAUCUUUUGCUGUCGUAAAAAGCGCAGAGAAGAAAAAUAUGAAAAGGAAGUUCAUCAUGAUAUCAGGGAAGAUGUGCCUCCUCCAAAGAGCCGCACGUCCACAGCCAGGAGCUACAUCGGCAGCAACCAUUCAUCCCUGGGAUCCAUGUCUCCUUCCAACAUGGAAGGAUAUUCCAAGACUCAGUAUAACCAAGUCCCAAGUGAAGACUUUGAACGUACUCCUCAGAGCCCAACUUUGGCACCUGCCAAGGUAGCUGCCCCUAAUCUGAGUAGAAUGGGAGCAGUGCCUGUGAUGAUUCCUGCACAGAGCAAGGAUGGGUCUAUCGUGUGAGAGCGUCCGUGCCUUUCCUCUGUGCUCUCCAUGUUUCUUUUCUUCUCUUGACAUGUAAAACCCAUUCUGUUCUAAGUUAGGUUACCACCCUUAAAAUAUAUCAAAAAGAAUUUCAUCAGAGACCAUAAGACAUUUACUUCAAAAGUUUUGCUUAUUUAUAUUGAAACAGUAAAGGCAUUAAAGUUGCUCAAGUUAAAGUCACUAUGUAAAACAGAUGGAUUUUCUUUAGUAGGUUGAAUUAUAGGUGAUUAAAUACCAAUAUUUAAGUAAUAUGUAGCACUUUGAAUACAAAAUGAUAGGUGAAGAAAUUGGUGAACUUGCAUGCACACCAAGUUGAUACUUGAAUCAUCUGAAAGUGGUACUUUAUAAUUUCUACCAUUAAUUUCAGGAUGCCUUUCUCACUUAAUUUAUGAGCCAAUAGUCCUGUCCCCUCCCCCACCCCAAAAUUGGCAAAAAGACAUACAUAUAUGUUUGUUAUUGUUGUUAUUGCUUCUUUUAAAAUUCUUGAUGUGUUUAGAAUAACUUUGAUAGCAUAGAAAACACUACAGUGGUUUAGAAAUUACUGGUUUUACUUCUGAGUUAGUCUGAGUUAGUCAUAAACCUUGUCUAUGAAAUGAUUUACCUAUGUAAUUGAUAGACUACUACAGGCAACAAGGACAUAGUAGGCUCUUUUAUUUGCUGAAGUAAAGGAGCAUCGAUCAGAUUCAGUUGGAAGACACUGUCAGCUAUGUGCCGAGAUGACACUAUUGGUGCAGUAGUGGGCAUGGAUUUUGUUGAUGAGUGAUACGAGGCCUUUGAAGCCCUGAGGUGUCUGGUGGUCUUCAGAAGAGUGACCGGCCAGGUCCAGGACCUGGGGUUUACUAGUGUGCUUUCUUCACUGAACUCACUGACUGAGGCUCUUCGCAGUGAAAGGCUGUUGCCAAGUAAACACUGCCUGUUUACUUUAGGUGGUACUCUCCUAAUAAGAAAAAAGUAUUACACAUUUAUCAUUUGGCAGUUAUAGUGGAAUUCCCUAAAUAUUGGUUCCAAGUUAAUUUUUUUCCUGGUUGGUUUUGUUUUGUUUUGUUUUUUGAUGUUGCAUAUUUUGUGUUCUAGAGACAUGUAAUCCUAAAUUUAUCCUCUUGAAUGUGGUUCCUGGAGGAAGUUUUCCUCAUAGAUGCAGAAUGAUCAAAUACAUUUUAAAGAGAUUAAGUUUCCUCCAUCAAUUCUAUACUUGAGACUUUGGGAAGAUGUAUAUUUGCUGUUGUAUGGCCAACAUGUUUUUUGUGUCGUUCCAGAAAAUCAAGUUGGGUCUUGAAAAAGUUUGUCUUAGUUUUGUGAAAGUGAUUUGUUCUUUAAAAAAAAAAAAAGGAAAAGAAAUAAAAGGAGUUAAAAAACAAACAAAACACUUCUAACUGCCAAAUGUGUUCAGUACUGUUUAGAAGAAGAAAGUGAAUUUAUUGUAUUUCCCUUAGGAUUGUAAGGGAGUGUGGGUAUAGUAGAGUGAGCCAACAGUUUCUCUAUAGUGAAUAAGGUCUGCAAUAAAUUAUUUCACUGUCUCUAAAACCUUUUCCCUAGAUUUUAAUAGGGAAGUGGUUUCUGUUAAUCUGUUUGGGUGCUGUGAUGGUCAAUGCCAUAUUAUAAAUUACUGUUGGCAUGAAUUUGCUAUUAGGCAGAGUGUUGUAUACACUCUCUCAUGGUAAGUUUAAGUUGAAUGUGUGAUGAAUUAGUCUGUAGUUUUUCAUGUUUGGAAGCAUUUAAAAAAUAGGUUCUUAAUCUUGCAUAAAAUUACUUUUAUACUUGUGUUAACCUUUUCAUCUGUGCCUUUUGGGUAAUUUAAUUUUUAUUAUGAAUUUCUGGUGCCUAUGAGCUAUGCUAUCACCUGCCAGGUGCUAGAGGUGAAGGUACUGUUUCCAAAAUGCAUCACUGUGACACCUUUCUAUCCUCACUUUCAAUCUUGACUGUUCUCUGUGCUUUUUAGAUUAUUUAAAAAUUUCACCCUCCCCAACACUCUUAGAAUGUAUUCAUGGCUUCUGAUUUUAUAACAGUAGCUCUUUUUGAAUACCAGGUGUCUGGCCUGUUUUAUACUACUAUAAUUUAUUUCUAAGACAAAAGAAUAAAUAAAAAGCAGAACACAAACUUUAAUAAUACAAAAGUUUUGGUCCUUCCUAUUCUUGAUUUUUAUAUAAUGAAGAUUAUGAUAUUAAUCUAAGUAGAAACUACUGCAAAAGGUGGACACAUUGUAAGACCUCCUUUCCCUUAGCCUUCAUGUCUAUCUAGGAUUUGGCUACCAGUAGCCUCUUCCAGAAAGCCUUUAUAUUUAGAUCAAUAGCAACUCCAACCUGAGAAUCAAGCUUAUAAAGAAAUCACAUGUGUAACCUGAAGAGACUUAGUGGGUGUGAUUAAGCUUAGGGGACAGAUAUUUAGUUUUUUAGGCUUAUGUCUCCAGCUACUUUCAUUAAAUUGCAUUCGAUCCAAAGGUCAGAAAAUAUCACUGAUAACUUCCCCCAAAUGCUCACUGAUACUGUCACUUGAACCAGAGAUCAAAUAUUUGUUCUAGAAUACUAUUACUGAUCUCCAAGGAUUUCCACAAAAAAUUAUUAAAGCAUUUCCAUUAGAGAGCCAAACAACAUCAGCCAAGGAUGGGAUUGCAUCUCCAAAGCAGAAUUGUUCAUUUUUACAUUACACCUAGAGUCUUGACACUGUCUUUUCAAGUUACUUAGGAUAACUUGAGAAGAAAUGAUACUAUAGGCUCUGUGAUUCUGUGAUUUGAAUACAGAGUAGUUUACAAGUAUUGUUUUUCUUAUUGACAAUCCUAAUUUUCCCCCGUUAGAAAGAAAUAAAGUCUCAUUGAUCAAACAAAUAACUUGCUUUCAGUUUGGACUAUCUGCCAUAGAGUUGUUCCAACGGAAACACAACCUGAGUGUGUCUUAGGGUGGAGGGGGGGGGGGUAAUUUAAAGAAAUUCAAACCAUUAUCCUUAUAGAGUGUGGAUAUGAAGAAAUAUUAUUUGCCUCAAGAUAAGGGCAUCAAUUUAUGUGGUUACUUUUACCAUUCCUGUGUUCAAUUUAUGUUUAAUUUAAGAUUGAGUUCUAGAAAUUGGGAGCAUUAACUCAAGAGACAAACAUUUUGAUUCAGUAUAAAAAGAACCCGUUGCAUGAGGUUGGAUAUCAAAUUCUGUAAUCUGUGGCUUCUUAAAAUAACUAUUCUUGGUGUCUGUGUGUGUGUACAGCAUGUAAAUUUGAAAUUAUAUGAAUGUUUAAAGUUUUUGGUUUUUUUUUUUUUUCCCCUCAAUUUUUGUCUCAACAGUGUUUAGGGCUUUCAGAUGCCUUAUUCUAGUGUGAACAGAAAAAGUCCAUAUUUUAUGUCUUUAAUGCUUUGAUGUGUCAUGAUAGGAGUAGUUUGUAGAAAAUGGUGGCACAAUUUUAACUUUAGUGUCUUGUGGCAUUAUAUAUAUAUGUAUAUAUAUAUAUACAUAAAACUUUAGAACAUUCCUGUGUUUAGUAGUAUAAAUGCUCUGGGCAAGUUUUAAUAUUUCAAAUGCCUUUGGAUAUUCCUGCAAUAAAGGCAAUGCAUUCUGCAUUAGGACUUAUCACUCAUUUGCCUAUUGUGACACUAAACUAGUCUAUAACUGAACACAACUUCCAUUUAUAAAUAUUAUAAAACAAGAAAGAAUAAUGAAUAAACUUGUGAAUUGUGGUUGUUUAUACCUGUAGGUAAGGCUGAUCAUUUAUUUCAUGGCUGAUGAUACUAGCAAGUAUUUGCUGCAUCUGGCCUCUUAGUAUUAAAUAAAAUCAAGCUUUACAAAGUACCCUGUUUUAAAAUUUAAAAAUACGGUGAAUUUCAGUUGGGUUUGGUUCUGGGGACGGACACUAAAAGCUCUCUAAUCAAGGGAGAACUUUGUGUGUUCUAUUAAUUUUUUUAUUGACACAGGUGUUAAAGAGAACCACAGUUCAUUGAUUAACUUACUCUUGUCCCUACCUGUAAAUUUCAGUGAUAAAUACACUUGUACUACUGAGAAAAAAACAUUUUGACACUUUACACAUGCAUCGAGAGUGUCAGUUUUAAAAUGAUUUUGUGUUUAAAGUUUCUGGCUUAAGUAUUCAGUGGUGCGGAUUUUGAAAUUUGUAAAAACAAAAUUUGUUUAAAAAAAAAAAAAAAAACUUGCUCUAGUUUUGUGACCUUGUAUACUUUUGAAAUAAAAUCAAGAAAGCAGUUUUCUGCCUCACAA